UUAUAUUGUAAAAUAAAACAGAACCGACUUUACCAUUAAUAAAGCAUGGGGUGAGAGAGAAUCCAAGGAACUUUCACAUGUAUUAUUCCGUCGUUUACUUGUUAUUUUUAAUAUACGUGGAGGAUUUGCAUAUGAAAUGACGUAUAAAAACUACAUUUAUCAUCUUUGUCACAACUAUUUCAGACCCCAUUUUGAAGAAAAGAGUGGCUAAAAUAUCCUGGAAAAGUGUCAGAAAUGGAAGAUGGUAUGAGUGAUAUUGCAAACUUUGGUUUCUCCAACUCCUCCAGAGAUCAAAACGUGGAAGAACAAAUUCAAGAAAAUGUUGGAGAAAUCAGUGAAGAAAGUAAAGGUGACAAAGGAAAAGACGAAGGUGGGCUUAUUAAUCGUUUAAUUUCCAAUUUAAUGAGUCCUAGAGCAGGGGAAGCUAGAAACAAAGAAAGAAAUUAUCUUUUUGAGGUUACAGAUGAGGAUAGGAAGAAAGAUAUAGCUUCAAAAGUAGAGGAGAAAAGUGGUAAUGACGACAGUCGAGGUGGAAGGACAAUUAACAAUUUGAUCUCCAACAUUGAAAGUUCAAAGGAGAAGCAAGAAGAUCGUAGUAGUGGAGAAAAACAAAAAGAUGUGAUGAAGAAAACAGAGGAAGAAACUGCAAGUGUUCUGGGCAAUAUUCUUUCCCACUUGCCAAUCCCUCUUGCUGAUGAUGCAGUUCCAGCAACAGACGAGGCUUCAAUACUGAUUCAUUCAGUUGUUCAUGACUAGGACGUGUAGUGUUUUUCCCAAGUACUACUAAAGAUUAUAUUAGCCAAUAUUAGUCGGUGCAGAAGAUCAUUAAUCAAGUGUUCAGUUAAGAGGGGGGUGUAUAUAGAUCAUAGUUAAAUUACUUGGUGCAAGUUGUGAUCUGUCAUCUCAUUCAUAUUCUCUUCGCUGCUUCUGGAUUUCCGAUAGGGUUCUUCAUCGAAAAAUUAUAUUAUAUAUAUAUAUAUAUGAUUAAAAUUAUUUAUUAUAUAUAUAUAUAUAUAUAGUGGUGAAGUCAGAAUAUUCA